CGCAUUGCCUCAGACUCUAUACCAGUUGCCUCACGAUCGAACGCACGCCGUCUGACAACGCUCCCUGAUUCAACAUGCCGGAACGAGGAGCCGACGUGUUUGCUGGGUACAAGAUCAGCGUACCCGACGCUGACGCCUGGGCCCGGAAACACGGCUGGUUGACGAACAAUCGCACGCCCGCCGGGUCGGCUAUUGCGAGCGCCUGGGAUCGGCUGGGCUUGACUGGGCGAGCAUCCGUCGUUGCGACCGACUGGCCCAAGGCGCUGCUCAGGCGGAACGCCAACGGGGAAGACGAGCUCGCUCGGGAGGGGACACCCAUUAUCCUCAUGGCACGUCAGACUCGGUACGAUCCGACCGCGACCUCGUCCAUCUGCCAGCCGAUGGAAGAGCGCGAAUCCGACCGCAAGUUCAAGGCCAUACUCGAAAAGGACGGUCUCAAGCUGCAAUGGGUAACCGUCCCCGACGUAUACUUCCACCUCCCGCCGGACUACGUCCGGCCCAAGCCCGCACUCUCUUCGGCCCAGCGGGAAAUGCGCGCUGAAGCAAACCCUGCUCGGUCUCCUGUCGCAGCCUCCACGACUUGACAGUCCCCGUCGCCAACUCGCACUCUACACAUUGUUCGUACCCCAUGCUCAUGAAUGUUUAUGAAUGUUCUGCGUUGUUUUCAACUUGUCAUUGCCUAUGUCAAAGUGGUUUGGGUACUUGUCGUAAUGUUGUGCAUGGUGUCGC